CUCACCACAACUUGAACCAGCUGACUCCAUCGCGAAAAGGUCAUGUCAUUGAAAGAAGUAAUCAGACUGCUUCCCGACAUUGCGUCAGAGAUCCAGAUGGCGGUUAGCUGCUUCAACUCUGAGGUAUUCCUUGGAACGAAUCAAGCUCUUAUCGAUGCUGGAGACGCAUGCACUGUCUCAGACAAACUCUCCGGCAUGAUCGCCGAUGUUGACACUGUCGUCGCAUCGCUUCUAGAAGGACGGAAGACACUCGAGGAGCAUAGGCGCUGGAGUGCAAACCUUUCCUCCGCUGUAUUUCGCGUACCAGUCGAGAUAAUGUCGCGGAUCUUCAUCAUGUCGUCAGAAAUUGAAGUCGACUUCGGCAAGGACGGAAUGGAACCAUCACCCAUACACAUCGACUUCGAGCGCGGGCACAGCGUCGCCUUGAACGUUGCACAAGUCUGUCGACGAUGGAGAGAGAUAGCGUUUUAUACCCCCCAGCUUUGGAGCCUGAUACCUCUGUUCAGACUUGACAGGAAGGGCAUGACGCUGCGUGACUACUCUCCCCAACUUUACGAACGAGUCGGCUCCUUCCCCGUCCAUCUCCUCUGUAACCCCAUGAGUCCUCAGCAACUUUUCGACUUUGAUGCUAUCACCCUAUCUACUAUGCGUCCCCGCUGCACUGGUCUUGAUAUCGACAUAACAUCGUGGCGGAACAUUGAACCCAAGACCGAUGACAUCGCAGAUUGGAUUGCGGACUUUACUGCUCUUCGACGGCUGACCGUCAAGGUUCCGCAGGUUUAUCCAGCUGGUAUCCUCUCUCCGAUGUCACACCUCCCUACCCGACUUACCCACCUCUACCUUUGUUCGGAGUUUGGUGAGCUUGCCAGUGAGAGCAGCGUCAUACUCCGGUUUCGUUGGGACUGUCUGAAGACGCUCAUCAUCGAAGGGUUCGAGCACACCAAUGACACAUUUUGGCGCCAACUCUCAGUCAGUGCGCCCAUGCUAGAAGAGCUCUUUCUCAAAGGGUUCAUUCUAGCGCCAAGUGGGAACGACGAUCAAGGAGGUCCGCUGAUCCACCCGCGCCUUCGCACACUUUGUCUCGUCCACAUGGAGGAGGAUAUGAUGGGCGGUCCGGCUUACACGUUGCCCCACGUAUCCUCCACCAACCUCGGACACGCGUUCCCCGCGUUAUCGCACCUGUCCUUUAGCUGGAGCCCUAAUUUCGCAGAAACCGUCAAAGAUGCCCUAGCGCGCAUCAAACGCCCGCUUCUCUCUCUUACGUUGCUGUCCGGGGAGACAGAACUUACCAACGAGCACGAAGACUGGCUAAGUCAGCUUGGUGGGGAAUGUGGUAUCGAGUCGGUUGGGUACGUGAAGUGGUGGCAUAACUGGAGCAUCUAUGCUUCGGUCAUGGAGAAAUGGUAUGAUCCUUAUAUAGUUGCCAAGGCGUCAGCCAGUUCCGCCGAGGUUUAGUUUACGAGAGGUCUUUAAAUACUGAACAACGC